CACACGCCUCUUCCAAACUCAGACAAAGCUUUCAGAUCGAGGAAAAUGGAGCGCUGCUAUGUGUGGGUCUUUGUAUUUGUGCUGCAAGGGUGCAUUUUGUCCCUGCUUUGUGAAGCAGGCAAACAGACAAUAAAGGACAUGAUAUCUGAGGCUGUUAAAGUACAUACUGGGUGUAAUUCUGUCAACUGUAGUUGCCAUCUAAAGGUCUUGCAGCAAGACUUGGCUCCCUUUCAGGGAGGAAUUUCAGAGAAUCUCAUGGCUUCGACAAUCCAAAGAGGGAUGGGCACCCACUACCAGAUCAUUGGACAUAAAUUGUACAGGGAACAUAACUGCAUGUUUCCAGCCAGGUGCAGUGGGGUUGAGCAUUUCAUAUUAGAGGUGAUUGACAAAUUACCUAAUUUGGAGAUGGUGGUAAAUGUCAGGGAUUAUCCUCAAAUGCCCAAUUGGGUGCAGCCUACUUUACCUGUUUUCUCCUUCAGUAAGACUUCAGACUACCAGGACAUCAUGUACCCGGCGUGGACGUUUUGGGAGGGCGGCCCCGCAGUGUGGCCCAUAUAUCCCACCGGCCUGGGACGAUGGGAUCUAAUGAGACACGAUCUCAAAAAGUCUGCAGCUCAGUGGCCGUGGAAGAAAAAAGAGUCGAAAGGAUUCUUCAGAGGAUCCCGAACGAGUCCAGAGCGUGACCCGCUGAUCCUGCUUUCUCGAGAGAGGCCAGAGUUGGUCGAUGCAGAAUACACAAAAAACCAGGCCUGGAAGUCUGACAAGGACACUCUCGGGAGAGCACCAGCCAAAGAAAUCCCACUGGUUGACCACUGCAAGUAUAAGUAUUUAUUCAACUUCCGAGGAGUGGCGGCCAGCUUUCGUUUCAAGCAUCUCUUUCUUUGCGGUUCGCUGGUGUUCCACGUGGGGAGCGAAUGGCAAGAGUUUUUCUACCCUCAACUCAAGCCCUGGGUGCACUACAUCCCCGUGAAGCAGGAUCUCUCUGAUGUCAGAGAGUUACUCCAGUUUGUCAAAGACAAUGAUUCCAUCGCGCAAGAAAUUGCCAUCAGAGGCAUGGAGUUUGUCUCAGAGCACCUGCAAAUGCGAGAUGUUUCCUGCUACUGGGAGCGACUCCUCACAGAGUUCAGUCAGCUUCUCACCUACCAACCCAAAAGACGGAACGACUACAGUCAGAUAAUGCACAAGCCCGGCAAGACUGAGCUAUGAUCAAGAAACUGUUGCUGGCAAGCUGUCGUGAAGGGACAUUUUUUUACCAAAUGCGUUUGUUCUCUUCGAAGCAAUGUUCUAAUAAUUACACGGAAAGCAUUACCUUGAAUAUGUUGUAGUAUUCACAUUACAGGGUGUACAGUUUGUAUUUAUUGAACAAAUGUGCUAAUGUUCCACCGACACAGUGUGUUUACUCGACCAAAAAGCUGUGAUGACGCAUCUGGUCCAAGUAGAGGACAUCCAAUCUUUUAAAUACGUUUGUGUUUCUAGACAGUAAAAUUUGCGGUACUCAAUACAGACUUGACCUGACAUUCUGCAUUUUCUGCAUGUUAACAUUUACUCGGAUUACAUAUUUUUGAAUAUGUUUGAUGCUGUAUUUAUUUAUGUUUCAUGCGGUUUUCGAAUUAAAAUCAUUGUUUUUCUGUUGCACUAUAA